AUCACAAACUAAAACCAAAGUUAUCCACACUUCAAAUUCUACAAACGAAAUCGGUUCAGAGCUAGGAGAAAAUAUGACCAACCUUCGCGUAACCAUUGCAGUGUUUUUGGCCGCUCUUGUCUUCACUGCGACUUUUUCAAACUUUGUGGUGGAAGCCAAUAAGAAAGAGAUCAUAAUCACAUUCACAUGCAAAAAGAAAUCGGACUGUUUCACAAACAUUGCUUGUGAAGCUUGUGUUGAUUGCCGAUGUGAUAAAGGAUUAUAGAGAAAAAUGAACAAUCUUCGCGUAAUUAUGGCUGUGUUAUUGGCCGUUCUUGUCUUCACCGCGACUGUUUCAGAGUCUGCGGAGGAAAUGGGAAAAGGGGAUGUCACAAUCUCACUUAAAUGCAACACGAAAACAGAAUGCUUAAAGAACAUUGCGUGUGAGGCUUGUGUCGAUUGUCGAUGCGAUAGUGGAACUUGUAAAUGCCAUGGUUUCACAGCAGAAACCAAUAAGCCAACCGUUUAAUUAACUCAUAUUUCUCCUAAAUGUUCUCUUUUUCUUUUUAUAAUGUGAAAGAAAAUAAAGCGCAAAGUUCAAU